AUUACAUUUAUUGAGGAUUUGAUGAGCAGAGCUCCAAGUUGACCAAUGAUCAUGUAACAACGGUCACACGUGGUAUGGUGGACUUCAUCGACUACGAACAGACGGAGCCACGGCAAAGAACCACUGCUGUUUCCUCUGAAGAUGUAAAGAUCAAACUUGACAAUGAUUGGUCGGUUAUUGGCCAUUCAAGUGUACAUGAUUAUGAAGAGGAUAGUAUCACGUAUGGACGGGAGACAGCGGUUCACAGGGCCCUGAAUCAGAGGAAGAACGAGUUUACAAACCUUCAGCCCUGUCGUGUUCUCUGUGUCACGUGGAAUGUUAACGGUCAACUUCCUACUGAGGACCUGACCACGCUGUUAUCAGUAGACGAGCGUCCAGCGGAUGUUAUCUGUGUAGGCUACCAGGAGUUAGAUCUCAGUCCUGAGACUUUACUUCUCCUCAAUGAUAGUAGUAAGGAACAGAUGUGGAUGGAGAAGAUGAAAGCUGGCUUACCAAAAGGAGUAUCGUAUAAGCUACUAAAACACAUUAGAUUAGUUGGAAUUCUCCUAGUUGUAUACGUUAGAGAAUCAAUCAUGUCCCGGGUAUCAGACGUCUCCACUGGGUCGGUCAGCACUGGCAUCUUGGGGAUGUUAGGAAAUAAAGGCGGAGUGUCGAUAAAGUUAAACAUAGACAUGACUUCAAUAGCGAUAGUUAAUUCUCAUCUGGCAGCACAUCAAGAAAUGGUAGAGAGAAGGAAUCAGGACUACAGAGACAUUUUUACUAAGAUGAGAUUCGAUAAUGACGAAGCGAAUACAUUGAAGAAUUCAGACAUAGUCGUUUGGGUUGGAGAUCUAAAUUAUCGUGUCUCGGAAGAUGAAAUAUCCGGAGAGGAGAUAAGAAAAUUUGCCGAAAAGUGGGAAAUUGGGCAACUUUUAAGGUUUGAUCAACUCAGAGAACAGAGAAAUAAACAUUUAGUAUUCGAGGAAUUUGUGGAGGACACCAUAAACUUCAUGCCAACCUAUAAAUAUAAUCCUGGUACGGAUAAAUUUGAUACCAGUGAAAAGUGCCGGACCCCAGCGUGGUGCGAUAGAAUCCUGUGGAAGAGUAACACCAUGUUGAAGUGUGAAGAUUACAGAAGUCACCCGAUACACAAGCUCAGUGAUCACAAACCGGUCAGUGCAGUGUUGUUAGUCCAAACGAGAGUAGUUGACGUGCAGAAGAAACAGCUUGUUUUGGACGAGAUCCUCAAAGAUCUGGAUCGUAUCGCAAACGAUUCACUGCCUCAGGCAGCUCUGAACAGAACUGAACUGAUGUUUGACGGAGUGAAAUAUCUGGAGGCACAGGAGCAACCCAUCACGCUCCAAAACACUGGCACUGACCUCUUCGAGUUCGAGUUUAUUCCUAAGCUGGAAGAUAGGUCAAUAUGUGCCCCCUGGCUUCACAUCGAACCCCAAAAGGGAAUAGUUGACCCUGGCAAUGUCAUGAUCAUCAACUUUACUGUUUACAUCGACAACAAAGCUAUGAAAACAAUUGGACAGGACCGCAAGUUGGAUGAAAUCCUAGUGCUUCACCUGGUCAAUGGUAAAGAUUACUUUAUAUCUGUGUCCGGGUAUCUGGUUCAGACCUCAUUCGGCCGGAAGAUUACGGAUCUGGUCCGGAUGGCAGAUCCGAUCCGGAGGCAGAACCUCCUCGUCGACAUUGAACAGUCACCGGACGAAGUGUUGGUAGACAAAGACUCUCCCGUUGCUCUGAACAUUCCGAAGGAACUGUGGAGGAUUGUCGACUACCUCUACCAAAACGGCCUGUUCGAGGAGGAGCUUUUCGCAGUCAGAGGUUCUCCUAUGGACAUUGGAGCAGUCCGGGACGCAAUAGACACAGACGGUCCUAUCAGAGUAUCCUCAGUCCACUCUGUAGCAGAAUCCCUGAUCCUCUUUCUGGACUCGUUCCCUGAACCAGUCAUUCCUUACGAGCAUUAUCCGGUUUGUUUGGAACACUGCACUCACUUUGCUAACUCUAAACGUGCUCUCAGAAACAUGGACUUUUCUCAUCGCAAUGUUUUCAAGUAUAUCUGUGGAUUCCUACGAGAAAUACUUUCACAUUCCGAACUCAACAGAUCGAAUGCCAAGUUUUUGUCCCAAGUGUUCGGGGACGUCUUGUUGAAGCCUCAGCUGCCAGAAACUGGGAAUGUUGCCAAGUCAACUUCUAAGAAGAGAUCGCUGUUUGUUUAUCAAUUUUUAACUAAUGAUUAUGAUGAGUAACUUUGUCUUGCUGGUUAAGUUAAGUUCAACAAGUUCAUGUUAUUAAUAAUGUUUUCAGAUUUAAAAUUCUUAUCUACCUUACAAUUACGUUCCAUGGCACCUUGCGCUGUGUGUAGAAUACAGCCACCACUGCACUGGUUUUAGGUUCUCGGAGUAUUUUCUCGGAGUAUUUCUCAUUGAGCCAGUUUUGGGGGAGUUUUAUAAUCUUUUACUUUUACUUUUAGUGAUCUUGACUUCCGUUUCAUUUAACAGCUGGUUCGAUAAAUUAAAUUAUAAUAUUAUUAAGGUAUUCGAAUACGUUAUACUAUACUAUGGUUAGUAAAUAGUAAUCUAUGCUGAGUAAGUAUGAACGUUAUGUACAAACUAGUUUUUUGUAAAGUGUGAUUCCAAAUGACAUCAAUUACAAUGAA